AUGGCUGCUGAAGAGGAAAAUUUUCUCAAUCUCACACCAACCUUUGGGCUUAAUGCGAUGGCUGCAACGGCUACGAUCGUGGGUGGCUGUGUCAUCUUCAGUAACAAGCUUCUACAACUUACUAGUCCGACGUUUAUGGCUUUGCUGCUCAGUUUGUCCGGUGGUAUCAUACUCUUCCAGGUCCUUGUUGUUCUGUUCGCGCAUUCGUUCAAGAAAUUCUAUGACGCUUUUACAGACGAUGACAGCGGAAGCAACAGCAGCAAAGAUGAUGUUAGUCAGGACAGUGCAUGGCUCGCGGCGACCGCGUGUUUUGUAGGGGGAAUCCUCAUGAGUUAUUUGGUCGAUAUCAUUGUGCAGAAGCUCACUCCGGGCCAAAACAUGAAUGACACAGCGCAAGGAGAUGCUGCGCCAUAUGGUGUCCUCAGUGCCGUUGCUGUUGGUAUUCAUAACGUCCCCGCAGGCAUCGCUACGUUUGUGGCAUCCUCUAAGCACGCGUGGAUCGGCUUAUCACUAGCAAUUGGCAUUGCACUACACAAUUUUGUUGAGGGCAUUGCCAUUGCUACCCCGAUCUACUUUGCGACGGGUAGCACGUGCCGCGGUUUACAGUGGUGCUUUCUUCCAGCUGUUGCACAGCAUAUCGGUGGCCUUAUCGCGUUCGCAUGA